CCUUUUUUAAAGCUCAAACUUCCGUUGCCUACAAAGCCGCAUGAUUUGACGAAUUUUCAAUCGCAUUUAUUUUGAUAAUAAAUUUCUUGAACAUAUAUUCAGUUUGAUAAAGCUGAAAAUGCCAAUAUAUAAAGGUAUUUAUUAUUUAUUUUAAGCCAAUUGAACUUUAUAGAAACGUUAGGUCAAAUUAAAGUUAGCAUAGCCACAAUCAAUAAUGAACUACUUCGUCUGGGCUCUGACUCACAAAACUACAACUACAAGACAACUCUUUUUCUUAACUACAAACUACUACUGACUACUACUACAUUAAUUUGUGUUAAAAUCAAAGCAAAGAAGCCCUGGCUUUAAAAUAUUUUUGAGAAUCAUUAUUGAUCAUCCACUAUUUAAGCAAAAAAUAUGCCUGGUUAACCUUUUAAUAAACUCUAAACUGAACUAACUUAGGACCUAUUUACUUAUUUCAUUUUAAAGUUAAAGUAUUAUUAAAGUAAAAUUAUACCUAUUUUAAAGUAUUUUGUUCAAAUACUAAAUAAAAAACCAUUAAAUAAACUGUACAAGAUUUUUUUAAAGUGCAUUUCAUGCAACUUUUGUCAUUUGGGGUACUAUUCUCAUUGUGAUUGUUGUUGCAAGGAGAUUCGUCUUUAACGUUUACAUUUAAAGACAUGUUUUUGUGUUGUGUAACGGGAUGUAUCUACAUCAAAUCUAAGAUAAUAAUAUAUAUGAAGGACUGCAUUCAAGCCAUGUAAAGUAAAUAAAUAGUUGAACUACAUAUCUAGUUUAAACUUGAACAUAAAAGACUAGACAAUUAACUUAACCAGACGUUUUGGCUAGAUGCCUUCAACAGCAGACAAUACAAUUAAAUGAACAAGAGAAAAAAUUUAAAUUAAAAAAUAUUUGAAGCUCUCAGUAAUGUCAAUUUAGCUCAAUGUUAAGAACAGGAAGCAUUCUAUGUUAUUAUUGUAAAUAACUAAACAUUUCAUAAAUUUUUAAAUGACUUGAGCUACAAAGUUGAUCUUGGUGUAGGUCUAUUUGUAAAUCAUUGAUCAUUCAACUUACUCUGUUUAACUAUGUUGAAUUUAUAUUUUUUUAGAAAGAUUUUGAAAUUACACCAAAGUACCUACUAUUCAGUGUAGUCCUAAAUAAUGCACAAUCUAUUCCUCUAUUGAGUCUAGUCUAGGCCAGGAUACCAUUUACAUGUCAGAUGAAGUCUAAGAAACCUUUUUUCUCCAGUAAGAUGAAAGCUACAGACCCUUUCUUAUUUAUAUGAAAGAAUUUAAAUUGCAUAAAAUUACAAAGGCAGUGUCUAUACGUCCGGCGUGCCGGAUGUAUAUCUCCCCCACUAUUUGUCCGGCGACCAAGUCACAUGACCGCCGUAACAAAGUGGCGAGAGAUAUUUUGUCCAUCAGCCUUGUCACGUGACCGCGAAUGAUUCAAAACUAUUGUUAAUUUUAAAAUCUAUUUCUCUACCAAGUAAUGUACAUCUUGCAUGCAAAUGAUAGAAAAAAACUAAAGUGAAAGUGGCUUGUAAACAUUUUUGUUUAGUUUGUUAUUUGAGUUUGUGUACCAGCAACCCAUAAUAUAAUUAGGGGCCAGUAUUCAGUAUGGAGUUGGCAACCAUUAAAAGUAAAAGAUUUUAAAUUGUAAAGUUAACAUUUUAAAUUGCUAAAAAUAUUUUAAAACUUCUCAUAAAACUACUGUUGCUGAUGAACAUGAUAAUAUAAAUAUAAUAUAAAAUAUUUUUAAUUAAAAUGGGGGAAAAAAGCGUUCCCAUGCUGGGAAUCGAUCCACAAAUAUAUCCUAGAGCGGCCACACUACCACAUGACCACACAAGAGCUUCUUAGUAGAUAUUUCAUUCAGAAUAAUAACACCUACUAUUCGUCCGACGGUCACGUGACAUGCUCGCCGGACGUAUAUCUCCCACACUAAUUGUCUGGCGCGCCGGACGUGUAGACACUUCGAAUUACAAAAGAAAAUGACCUCAUGGACACCCCUUUUUAACACCUCAUAGGGUCAGUGGACCAUAGUUCAAGAACCCUUCUUUAAGCUUAACUCUAAUAAAAGUAUAUUGGAGAGUACCAUAAUAAUUUUUAUUUUUAGUUAACAUAGAUUUCCUUUUAAAAAAUCAGGGAUAAAACUGUCAUUUAGUUUUGUUAGUAGUAGUGGGCCUAAUUUUAAAAAAAAAGUAAAUUUGUCUCUUAAAAGUCUAGUUCACUUAUUUUGAUUUUAUAAUUAUAAUUAAUAAAAUAAUCUUCAGUAUGGGCUUUUUUAUAAUCAUAGCCUGCUGUCCAAUACUUAAGGUAAGCCUAAUAAACAAUUAAUGUAAUUAUAUUUAUUUACCAUUCAUUUUUCAUUUCAUUAAAAAUUGCUUGUCAUAUGAGAAAUCUUUACUAUCAAUGUCUAAAUUGUAUUAUUAAUUGUUGCAAUCAUAAUCCAAUUAAACAGUGAAUGUGAAAUGGGGCAAGGAGAAAUUUACAGACGUGGAGUGCAAUACAGAAGAGUCGCCUGAAUUAUUUAAAGCUCAAUUGUUUGCUCUAUCUGGUGUUCAUCCAUCGCGACAGAAGGUCAUGGUCACUGGAGCUAUUUUAAAAGUAAAAUGUGGUUUUGGCCUUUGCAAUGUCUGGGAAUAGCCUUCACAUGUAGAUUUACUUGUAUAUAACAAAAAUUUAUUAUGUAACUUAAUAUUAAAAUUAAUUGGAAAUCAAUAAAAAAAAUUGUAUAAGAUAUAUAAAUACUUGAUAGUUACUUUUUAUUAACAAGAUGUAUUUUAUUUACAGGAUGAUGACUGGGGCCCUGCAAAAAGUAAAUUGAAAGAUGUAAGUCAAAAUAUUUAACAAAUUACGAUAAACAUAUUGAUAGUCUGAAAUAAUAUACAAUUUAGACCGUUUAGCCCCAAAUAAACUGAAAAGCACUGUAAUUAUAGCUAAUUUUGGAGUUAGAGCAGUCACAUGACUUUUGAAAUGCACACGCGCAAAUGCACACAGACCAUGCAGACGCACACUGAGGCAUGCACACGCACACAGAGACAUGCAGAUGCAAGCAGAUGCACACAGACAGACACAGAAAGAGACGCACACAGGCAGACACUCAAACACUCACAUGCACACACACAGAUGCACAGACACACACACCAUAGAGACACACACAACACAUACACACCUGAAAUGAAAACAAUUGUAAAAAAUAUUUACAUUUAACAUUUUUUUAAUUACUUAAUGGUUAAAGGUAACACAGUGCUUGUGAAAGCUUGAAACAAUUUAGUGUAAUCCAGCUCAGCACUUAGUUCAUGUUCAAUGGAUAUCAUGGAUAAUCCACAAAGCCUUGCCUGUGCCAAAAAUAAUCGUAAAUAUGUUUUGAAUAGUGUUAGUUUAGAGAAACUGGACUCAUCUUACAACACUGACAAGCAUUGAAAGGAUGACAUGCAAACCCACUUUCAUGAAAAUCUCUGCUAGGCUGGAUUUUAGAAUAUAUUCCACCACAUCACAGACUCUCCUGCACUUGGAUGAGAGUAAAUAUGAAAGUGACUGAAGCUCCUCUGCCAGUUCUGUCUUUCGGAUGUCAAGCUGACAAGCUUGCUUUUAGCAUGUGCUAUUAGUGCAGUGGACACAAGUUCUCAAUACUCCAGUAGCCUCUGAUUUUCCCCAGUGUUUCAGCGAAGGAAUGUUGUAAGUGAAUGUGAAGAUGUUAUUGUGCACGCUCAACAUAUGGAAAACCUUUCACCCAAGGGAGAUGAUAGCAAUGUUGAUUGUGUGAAAGAACAAAAACUGCACUUUAAAUGUGUGAAAAACUUUGAUAAGAGGGUCAUCCUGAUCAGUCCAUCUUCAUAUCCAAAAUAGCACGGCACACAUGGGCGCCUUUCAGCUGGCAUCUCGGCUGGUAGACCUAUGUUUAGUUGCUCGCUUUUGUUUGUUGUUGCAUUGACUGCUGAUGAGAAUAAAGCGUUAUUAGUGCGAUAGCUGCUUAGCAAGCACUGCAUGGCUCCGAUUGGCUCGUGGGCAGCGUCAAUUUGCAUGUUUUCUGCUUGAGUAUCUUGCUGACCUUAUUGAAAUCAACUAGCAGAUUGUGCCAUAUUAUCAGUCACAGUAGAGAGCGGAAAGAAUCAAUUUCUUCUGCUUAUGAGUUCGCCUAAAAUACAUUUUGGAAUCUUUGACUUGAAAUCAUCGCAAAUGGUUAUUAAGGCUCUUUUAAAAAAUCCCACAAGUGUGACUUAAAAUGUCCUGCUCCACUUGUGUCAGCCUUUCAUCUUUUGUUUCAUGGUAUUUCUAUUCUCAGUUUUACUGUUUCUUUCAAGCUUGUUGUCCAAAAUAUUUAAAUGCGUAUGAUUAUUCCCAGCACUUGUAGCUGAGUUUGCCAACGUAAGUGAUACAAUGCUUCACAUUAUGACAGCCGUUCUCAACCUGUGGGUCGCGACCCCUUUGGGGGUUGCGGGACCCUUUUCCAGGGGUCGCCUAAGACCAUCUGAAAACACAUAUCCUUACAGCUAUGAAAUAGCAAUGAAAAUAAUUGUGUGGCUGGGGGUAGUCACAACACAAGAAACUGUGUUAAAGGGUCGCGGCACUAGAAAGGUUGAGAACCACUUCAUUAUGACAAUAUAAUGUUUGUCUCACAGGUGUAUGGGACUAGUAAUUAGGCUACUUUUGGGCAAUGAAAUAUUUCAAAUUUGUAGCUUUGUGAUUUUCAUGCUGAAGUACACAAUUUAAUUAAAUGACCUCAGUUUUGCCUGUAAACCCUGAAAUGCUUUUUUUUUUAUAUCUGUAACCUGAUAACUGUAUAUUCACUUGUAAAUUAACCAACUAGAUUUAACAGCUUAUUUUGAUUAAAUGAUCUCUAUAUAUGUUUGUAAAAAAUAUCUGUUAAAUUUUGUUUCUAAAUGCUGAUUUUAUUUUUAGGGUGUCAUGCUGUUAAUGAUGGGAACUGCUGAAGAGCUGCCUGAGGCUCCAGCUAGCAAGCCAGUAUUUGUUGAAGAUAUGAGUGAACAGCAGCUUGCAUCAGCUGUAAGUAGUUUUUUUAAAUGUUGGAGAUACCUCUUUAAUUUAUAACACUUUAUGUUAAUUUCAAGUAAACAAUGAAUUCAGAUCCGGUUGGAAAAACUGUUAGACAUCUUACUUUUGUGAUUUUGACAUUUAGAAUUAUGAAAUCUUGUAACACACACAUUUAGCUGAUUAGUUUCUAUAUUUUAUUUAUUUUGCCAAAUUAUAAUUUUUAUAUGAAUUUCAGAAUUUCAGAUAACUUAAUCUAAAUGUGUUUUUUCUCCCCAGCUUGACGUACCUGCUGGUUUAACUAAUCUUGGAAAUACCUGCUACAUGAAUGCUACAAUCCAAUGUCUGCGAGCUGUACCAGAAUUAAAAGAUGCUUUGAAGAGGUAGGAUUUUAAAUUAUUAUGAUACAAAAAAUUUAAGCUAGCUUUUGAAAUAUUAUAAAUACCUGGAAAUACUCAAAUUUUUCUUCUUAGUCUUUUUUUACUCUUAAGGGGAAAAAAAAAAUACUCCAAUAAUAUUUUAAUUAUUUUUAUAUCUAAGAAAAUAAAACAUACAAAAAAUAUCUAAUGAUAGCUGAGUCAAAGAUGAACAAAUUAAUAUAAAUAACUGAUCAGAUCAGACCUAUUUCAGAUGAGUUAAUUCAUUAAAUUAUUUUAAAAAAUCACCUUAAGAUUUUUUAAGAAAUGUGAAAAAAAAACGGUCACAUUGCAGAGAGAUAAAUAAAUAAAUACUUUUUGUCCGAUUCUUUUUAUACAAAAAAUAAAAACAAUUUGAUAAUUAUGAAUUUUGUAAGCUUUUUAUUUCUGUUACAGAAUGAAAUUCUUAUCCACAAAAUAUAAUCUGAUAUGAAAUAAAUUGAAAAUUAUGUACUAUGAUAUUAUUUAAACAGAUAUGUAAUAUUUCUAGUUUCAGUGGAGGUUUAACAGUGGCAGGGGCCAUUGCACCAGCUGACUCAAUCACAGCAGGUAUACAUUUUACACCUUUGAGAAAUUAUUGUUAUGGAUAAUAUGAAGAAUUAAUUUGAUUUAAUUUAGUAUGUCAUACAGUUAUCCAGACCAUAAAGUUUUGAACCUCAGCCCAUAAUUUAUUCAUCACUUUCAGCGCUUCGUGAUUUGUAUGUAUCAAUGGACAGAACUUCUGCCCCUCUUCCGCCUAUCAUCUUCCUUCAAGUGCUGCAUAUGGUAUACCCCAGGUUUGCAGAAAAGGGAGAAAAUGGAAGUUUCCAGCAACAGGUAUUCAACUAGAGCUGUAGAGUUUUGUGUGGGAGGUGGAGGAGGAUGCUCUGAUUAUGGGCUUACGAGUCCUUCAUUUAAAAUCAUGCAGCGCUUGUUUUAUUAUAUAAUUGAUAAAUAUAGUCUUGUGAUGGAUAGACCACUACUAAUUUUUCAGGGCAUAUUAUUUACAUAAAAUAUUUUAUUUGAGACAGAUUUUUUUUCUUAUGGUAAUUUUUUAAAAUCCUUUGUACAUUGUCAUUUAUUUUAUUUUUGCCUUUCUUUCAGAAAGUAUUAACAUGUGUUAAUUUUUAAAUAUAUUCCAGGAUGCCAAUGAAUGUUGGACUGAAAUCGUUCGAGGUCUCCAGCAGAAGCUGAAGGCAGUUUCUUCAACACGCAGAACCAUAGAACCAAUGGUAAUUUCCACAUAUGUUAUUGUUAGUGCUAGCUUCAUGUAUCCGGCAUAUAAGAUUAAUAGUACUACUGUAGAUCUUAAUGUUAUAUACUUAUUUUUAUUAGAACACUUUCAAUAUUGUUUUGAUUUCAAAGCCAUUUGUUUUUUUUUUAUGUGGUUUCAUUAAUAUUUGAGAAUCAGUGAGUUAUUCCUUUUUAAAUUUUGUUAAAUUUUGUAUUCUAAAUUGCAGGAAGUUGGAGGUUCAGAUUCACCAUCUACUUCAUCAUUUCUAUCCGAGGCUGGCCCAAGUCGCGGAUUUAUUGACCAGUAUUUUGGAGGAGAGUUUGACACCUCGUAUCCUUUGCAGGAAUAAUGACUUUUUAGGUUUUAUUAGAAGCACAGUCAUGGAUGGGGAUUACUGAAAUGUAUUUUUACAAUCAGUAAUGAAACACUAUGAUUUUAUAAUUAAUAAUUUUAUUAAGAGGUAUUUUUAUUUGAAAAGUUAACUUUGACCAUGCCUAAGUAUUCAAAACUGAGAUUUUACACAUUAUUUCCUUAACGACAUUCAAAAGUAUGAAAUGCAAUGAGGCACCUGAAGAGGGUACAGUUAUUGGCAAAGAAAAAUUUCUGCAGCUUAGUUGUUUUAUUGAAAAAGGUAAAUUUGUGGUCUAUUAGCUAAAGUUGCCAGUAAAACUUUCCCAUUAAAAUUCUAAUUGUAUAUACCUCUAUUUUCAAAUAAUUUGUUUUUUUAAGAACAAAAUAUUUAAUGGCAUUUCUUUUAUUAUUUGUUAUCGUUUGUUUCAGAUGUCAAAUACAUGCACACAGGUUUACAAAGUGUAAGUUGAACUGCUCUUUGUUAAGUUUUUUCUUUGCACUAUUAGAAAAGUUUUUGAAAUAUUUAAAUGCUAAACCAACAAAAUAUAUGAAAUGCACAAAAAAUAAUGCUUCAAGGUACUGAGCCUAAUCCCACUAAUCCCAUUGCCCUUCUAGUUAAAUUUGUUCUGUUCUUUUAUUAGUUACUUGAAUUACCUUGUAAAUAUAUGCAGUGCCGGAUUUACCUAUAAGCUAAAUAAGAAAAGCUCAGGGCGUCAUAAUCUGCUGACGAUAUAUUUUACAUUUUUCUUUGACCAACUGAUGUAAUUAAAAAUGGCAGGGGGCCCCUGAACUUCGUAUAGCUUAGGGCCUUAACAAGUCCAGCCCUAACUAUAUGUUUACCGGUAUUGAUUUAACAAUGAAAUGAAGCAGGCACUAAAAAAAGAUACUGCUGUUAAUUUCUUCAAUCUUAGAAUUGUACACUACUUUUCACUCUACUCUCUUGUGAGAACUUCAUUGGUUUUUUUCUACAUAUAACAUCUAUGGUGACUAUUUUAAUUUUAGUCUCUAUUUAAAAUUUUAAUUGGUUUUGUUAAUAUUUUCUAAUUAAUUUAGAGACUGGAAGAAACAGUUACUAAACACUCUCCCACACUAGGACGUGAUGCUGUUUACACUAAAUCUGUGAGUGUCGAUUACCAGAAUUGAAAAAAAAUUAGAGAUAUUUGGUUAAACAUCAUUUUAUAUCACAAUUAAUAAAUUUGUCAAUGUUAUCAUUUUUACUGGAAGAAUUCAAAACAAUGACAAAUAAUUGUUUUAUCAAUUUCUCAUUUCACAGAGCAAAAUUAAUCGAUUACCAGGCUAUUUGACCAUUCAGUUUGUCAGGUUUUUUUACAAAGAAAAACAGUCAACAAAUGCAAAAAUCCUCAAGGUCAGUUGUUUUAUUGUCAAUUAUACCUUGCACUGGAAAUUUAGUAGCAUAUUACUAAUCACAAAAUGCAUUUAUUGUCAUUUAAUUUAAAAUGCUUUAUAAAUUAAUUUAUCCAAGAAUUUUUUUUUUGUUCCUUUAUACAUGCAUACAUUUUUUUUUAUAUAGGAUAUCAAGUUCCCACUAUCUCUAGAUGUCUUUGAUCUGUGUUCACCAAGUCUACAACAGAAGUUAAUUCCAAUGAGGGAACGUUUUAAGGCUGCAGAGGACAAGAAAGUGGAAUUAGCCCAAGCUGUAAGCUGACAACUACUUUUAAAGAAUCAAAGUAGUGAAUUUUUAAAUAUAUAUACAAGUUACAACUAUAAUCAUUUUAACCAUUGAAAAUUGUUAUCAACUUCUAAACAUCACUUUAUGGGCAAAUGUAAAAUGUGUGUUUUAUAGUAUAAUAAAUUAACUUACAAAAAUAUGCCUUUUACAAUUUGUUUUGGAAAUGGAUUUUUUUUUUUUCAUGUAUUCCAAAUUGUAUUUAAUUAAUCCUGUAAAACAAUUAACACCAAACAGUACUUUCUCUGUGGAUAAGAGUUUUAUUAUUAACAUUUUUAAAAAUAUCCUUUAAUUUUUUCAUAAUGUUUUAGGGUAAAGGAAAACCUCUUGCUGUGAAAGACACCAAGAAAGAUGUCAAGACGGAGCCAUAUUGGUUUCCAGAAGGUACCUUAUUAUUUUAAUGUAUACUUAAUAACUUGAUGAGUAACACCACAGAACUGUUGUUUUUUUUUGUUUGCCUGCCACUUUUUGUUUUACUUGAUGUGGUCUUCAUAUUUCCUAGUUGUAAUUGGCAAGAAUGAAAGUUUCUUGGAUAUACAUUUUUUAAAAAUAUUGGCUUAAAUUAUGCUUACCAUAAAUACCUAAACACUCCGUUUAUUCUGAUUAGCUUUGGUCCAAGGUUAAUUUUUAGUAUUAACCCAACUAUUUUCUUUCAAUUACUGAUUCUGACAGACAUUGGCUCCAAUAACUGUGGGUACUAUGAACUGUCUGCUGUACUUACACACAAGGGAAGGUCCAGCUCUAGUGGACACUAUGUUGCAUGGGUUCGUAGAAAAGGGGGUAAGUUAAAUAAACAUCCCGAAACUUAUGCAAGAAGAGAGAUGUAUUUUUUAUAAGACUAGCUUCAUCUUUAAAGACAUAAGUUUUCUAAAGUCUUCAUUUUUGGUUAUUUUUACUCUUUUGUUCCUUCCAGCUGUCUUAUAAACUGAAAUAAUACUCAGGCUCAAAUUUUCCACCAUUUACUGUGUGCUUUCCAGAUGAGUGGCUCAUGUUUGAUGAUGACAGAGUGACAGCUGUUACAUCUGAGGAUAUUCUCAAGCUUUCAGGUGGAGGUAAGUCAUCAAAUCUGUCAUGGUUAAACCAUGUCAUGCAUUAUCUGCAUCAGAAAUUGUGGUGUGUUUUGUAUGCUUUGAGAGGUGCAGACUGACAUUGUCUGUCAGCCGUUUAUCAAAGUUUGUCUUAUCUAAAAGUAAAUGAACAGAAUAUAUGGAUGCUAUUAUUGUUGUGUGUGGAAGGUACUUAACAAAAGUUCAGCGUAAUUUAUAGCAGAGUAUCAAACUCAAUGCGCACCCAAAAGAAUUUUAAAAUAUUUUUUAAUAGAAAAUUUCUUCAUUUUGAACAUUUUGAGGGUAAUAAUUCACCAAAUAUUUUUUUUUUUUACAUUUUUAUUUCACAAAAGGAACACAUUUGAAAUAUUUUCCUCAGAAUAAUUUUAAAAAAGGUAAUUUAAAAAAAGCUAAGAACCUGUUCCCUUAAGUUACAUCCAUAGAAUUAAUUCAUUUUCACCUUGAUUUAUUUCAGGUUUGGUUAAGUUUUUUUAUUACCCGGUAUUAGAAAAGGCAUGGACUGCAGUAACGUUUAAAACGAUUUGUUUAAACAUUAAUGAUUUACAUGGAAGCUUUACUUAAAGAAAGAAAUACAUGUUUCACUUAAAAGCCUUCUAGACAAUACAAAAAGUGCAUUAACACCUAAAUGUUAUGUACUGGUAUCUUAUAUUUAUAAGUGAACAAAAAAAGUACAUUUAAAAUUUUUAAAGUUGUUUCCCCUUUCUGAGAAGAAACAAAUAAAUUUUUUCCUCCCCAAAAUAAAAAUUUCCCCUCUAAGGUCAAGAUUUAGCUCCACAUUCUGAAAAUGCUGUUUUUCCAAAAUUAAAUUUACAUUGAUUUUUUUCAGGAGACUGGCAUUGUGCUUAUGUGCUCUUGUAUGGACCACGUCUGCUGGAGAUUGAUGAAGACAAACAGGAGAGCUAACACCAACAGCAACUAGUCAACAUGCUAUUGGAUUAAGGUCAAUAGACUCUACUGCCAGUGACGGUCAUUGCAAAGAUUUGUUGUACUGUCUGUCACUUGAUUCUGUCACAUUAAAUGGCUUGUGUUGCCUCUUGACAUAGAAUGGCCUAUGUUGUAUGAAGGAGCCUUUUCAAACUAUUCAGUUUUAAUUCUCUUGGAGUCUUCUGCUAGGAAAUUAUUGAAUUUUUAUGUCCAGGAAUAUAUUUGAUGAGUAACCUAGGAUUGACAUUUUGAUUAUAAGUUGCAUUUUUUUUGCUCUCAUUAUUAUAUUAAUAAUUUAUGAUCACUCCUUUUGUACUUGGUACACUAUGGCAGGUCACUGGAAACUUUUGACUUUAAAUGCGGUACAAGAUAGAAAUGAGAGGACCUAAUUUUUUUGUCAUUUAAUAAUGCUCAAAAAACAUAAACAAAGCAAAAUUUUCUCCUUUCUUCAUUCAGAUACCUGUGUACAUUUGUUGGUUAAUUUUGUUGAUUUAUUUAAGACUUUUUUUAUCAUAAUUUUUACUACUAUUAACUACUAUGUCAUUGUAUCACUCAACCGCGGAUCAACAAUAAUUAUUUAUUUGUAACAACAUGCCAUCUUCUAAUUUUUAUAAAUAAAGCUAAAAGUGUGGAAAGGCAGAUUUUUUUAAAAUGUUCCAGUUAAGUUUUUAAAAAAGUCCAUAUAACUUGAAUAAAAAUCAUUUUUGUUUUUUAAAAAAUUGGUACUGUAUUUAUUUUUUAUUUAUUUUUAAAGUAAACAAAUUUGAGCUGUGAGCAAAAUAAGUUCUUAAAAUUUACUUUGCAUUGCUUUCAGUGGACUCAGUGGAAACUAUGCAUUUAAAAAAUAAUAGAUUAUUUAUGAAGGAUAUUUUUAUUUCAAUACAAUUACAAAGUGCUUCAAUUUGCAUUUCUCUUAAUCUUUUAAUUAGGGUCUCAUUCCUGAUGCUGUGUAAAGAGGUUUUAAAAGUUUUUGGGGGGGGGGGGGGCAUAUUGUGAAAUAUAUCUGAUUGAUAUUUGAAUUGACAAUAAUGGGUUAUUGAUAUAUUGAUGGCACAAUAAAUUGGGUUGAUACUAUUAUAACAUUGUAUCAUUGUGUGUGAUCAGGUCUGGGGAGUGAGCGGGAUAUUACAGUUCAACUCUUAGCACGCCACAUUUGUGCAGUGCUGUUGAUCACUGUUCAUAAAAGUAAAGGCUGACAUCACAAGUUGUAAUUUUUCAUUUUUAAAACUUGGACGACGACACAGCCUGCUGCCCAAUGGCCACCCCUCCCCCAAUUGCCAUCAUAGCUUUGUAAAUCAUAACAUAAAAUAUAUGGAGAGAGUGUUUUGCAUCCUAACCACUUCUGUAUUAGCAAAACUAUGUCUGCCCUCUGAAAAUGCAAGUACAGUCCCACCACAAGUCAAUGUGCAAGCAGCAAUGUCACUGUGAGUGUGAAUGAUAUUUGCGAUCUACUUCACUGUACCCGACGUUAAAAUGCUUUGGUAUUGAAAUCUGUGCUUGAACAAUGUAACUGAUAUAAGCAGCAUGCUCUGGUUGUGUGUGCAGAUGUUGUGUUUAAUGCCGCUGUGUUAGCAUGGUUUCAUUAAUAAAACUCAACAAACAAACAAAAAUCAUUAAAGGUUUUUUUUAAUUAUAACUUUCUUGCAUAUAAACCAAUUAUGAAUAAACCAGG